ACUCUCUCUCUACUCAAGCAUUGCAAGCAAAAGAGUAACAAAAUGUCUUCUAAUCCAAUUAAUCAAAGAGUUGCUGAUGAAAACAAGGAACACCAAGUGAUUGUGGUAGAACCACCACCUAAAGCCAUUCCUAUAGUGUGGGAUGUAAAAUGGACCAACAAAAUUAGGAUGAAUCAAAUUUUCGGACUCUCUGUAACGUUAUGCUGCAUACUGAUUAUCUUUCCUGUAGUAAAGAAUUCGUUGAAUGAUGGUAGAUUUGACGAUCAUGUCAUGAUCGCGGUGAUCGUCCCUCUUGUUUUCUUUUUUCAACUAGUGCUAUUUUGCAUUGCUGCAUCAUAUCCUCUUAAUAACACCCACAUCUUUGGGACCAUGUUGAUUUUUCUAUUAACAAACGCAAUAUCAUUUGUAGAAGUGGAUCUUGUUUCACGGACGGCUUCUAUCAUUAUUUCCGUCAUUAUUUCCGUCGUUUGGGGAAUAUUUAUUUUAUCUUUCGUUGUUAUUAAUUAUAAAGUGAUCCUUUAUGAAAAUAUAGUAUUCUCGAGGCCAAUACAAUGA